AUGAGCCACAGCCCGGAGAGGAUCUCGUCCUACCGUCGCCACUUUGAGGACAGCAGCACCUCGUCCUACCAGGUCAGGGUGUCCAGCCCAUCCCCCACCAGGAGAGACGCCCGUCAUGCCUCUGCCGGCUACUCCUGCAGAGCCGGGGCCAGCAGCAUGCGUGUGGAGUCAGUGGGACGAAGGACCGUCUCAGCUGCGCGCAGGUCUCGCAUGGUUGGAGCAGGUGUGAGUGCAGGAGCCAUGGUCUGUGUUGGGCCAAGUGGAGAACCUGCUAUAGAUCUGGAUGUGGCUGCAGCUGAGAACCAAGAAUUCCUCAGCACCCGCACAAGUGAAAGACAAGAGAUGAUCGUCCUCAAUGACAGACUGGCUGUAUACAUUAACAAGGUUCGAUCACUGGAGCAGCAGAACAAGCUACUGGAGGCAGAGAUCGAGGCCUACCAGAACCGCUUUGAAAAGCCAACAGGUUUACGCCUCUUAUAUGAAGAACAGCUGAGGGAGCUGAAAAAGAUCGCUGACCAGAUGAGAGUUCAGCGGGACAUCUCCUUGGCGGCUAAGGAGUCCACAGCUGCUCAACUAGAGGCAAUCAAAAUCAAAUAUGAGGAGGCAGUGGAGCUGAGGAGGAAAGCUGAGCUAGAUAUUGAAACCUUCCGUCCAGAUGUUGACAAAGCCACCUCCUCACGCAUUGCCUUGGAGAAGAAGCUGGAGCAGCUGCAAGUUGAAAUUGAAUUCCUGAAAAGGGUCCAUCAACAGGAAAUUGAUGAGCUCAUGAAACAGAUCUACGCAGCUCACGUCUCGGCUCAGAGUGCAUUCACCCUGCCUGAUCUGGCAGCUGCUUUAAAACAAAUCCAAACCCAGUAUGAUGACAUCGCAGCCAAAAAUCUCCAGGAGAUGGAUUCUUGGUAUAAAAACAAAUUUGAAGAUCUAACCAAUAAGACGUCAAGGCAUGUGGAUAAGGUUCGAAGCGUUAGAGAAGAAAUAGCAGGUGCCAAAAAGGAUAUCCAAAGCAAAGAACGUGACUUGGAUACCUUGAGGACCAGGAAUGAAGCUCUUGAGGCUCAGAUCCGAGAGACACAAGAAAAGUACAGGAAGGAACUGGAAGACCUGCAGGCUCGGAUUGAGGCCCUGCAGCUUGAGCUGAAAUCCACCAAGGAGAAAAUUGCGCUGCACCUGCGUGAGUACCAGGACCUCCUGAACGUCAAGAUGUCCCUGGAGAUUGAGAUUACAACAUACAGAAAACUUGUUGAAGGAGAGGAUCUGCGUCUCUCUGGCAUGGUGCAAACACUGUCUCUGACCAGCUGUGGCGCCGUGGGUGCUGGAAUGAGCUUCAGUGGAGGAGGCACGGGCGGUGUUGGUGGAAUGGGUAGCGGGAUAAUUGGAGCUAGAGGUGGGGUUGUUGGAGGCAUGGGGAGUGGUGUAGGAGUGACUGGGGGUAUAGGUGCAGGAGGCAUGGGCACUGGUCCAGGCAGUGCUGCUAAUGGACUGGGUGGAAGAAUUGGUGCUGGAGGUCUGGAUGACAGGAAGGGUCCAGCUGGAAGGGCAGGUGGGUCAGACAUGGGCAGUGGUCAUGGACUGGGAGCUGAGGGCGGAGGCAGAGGUUUAGGGGCUGGUGCAGGGGGUGUAGGUACUGGUGAAGGCAGUGGAGGAGUGGGUGCAGGAGGAAUGAGUGGUGUUGGCUCUGGUACCAGCAGAAUGGGUGCUGGAAUCUUUGGUACUGGUGCUGGUGUUGGGGGCCUAGGCACUGUGGCUGGAGGUGUGAGUGCUGCAGGUUUGGGCACUGGGGCUAGAGGUGGGGUCUCUAGUGCUGGAGAAAAGGGUGACAGUGGUGUGGGUGGUGUUGGUAUGGGUGUGGCUGGUACCACUGCAGACUCUGGUGGCAUGGAUUUCAGUGGAGGAAAUGGUGGUGAUGGUGGAGAUAAAGAUCGUGGAAUGGGUCCUAUUGGAAUGGGUGGUGGAAUCGGAGGCAGUGGAGGAACUGAGAGUGUGGGUGGAGGUAAUGUAGGUGCACUGUCUGGCGUUGGCGGAGUGGAGAAGAUGGGUGGUACCAGUGCUGCCGGCAUGGGAUAUGGAUCCAACGGAUACAACGCCAACAAUGAUGCCUACACUGAGCAGGCUGUGGAGCUGACAGAGAGACGGACGGUGCUCAUUAGAACUGUCAAAAAUGAGGAUGACGUGCUGGAGAUGGACCACCAGGAACAAACCUAUACCAUCACUGGGGCAGCCGAUGACUCUGAUGAUGACUGA